AUGUCCAAGGCAGUUCUGAAUCCAAGGACAAAAACGUACGAAUUUUACGGGGUUCCUGGUACACUUGCUAUUACUAUAGGUCUACCAGCCUUAACUGUAUUGCUUAACCAGUUGAUCCGUACUGAUUACCACAUUGAAGGGUUUUUCCGUAAUUUUCAGUGGGAAGAAGUAUGGAACCAAUUAAAGCCAUUCUCAUACUAUAUUUACAACCGCCAAUUAUGGACCUAUUACUCGGCCUGGUUUAUUACCCUUGCUUUACUAGACUUACCUUUACCUGGCCGUAAAGUAAAAGGAGUAACAUUAAGAGAUGGUACCCAAUUGACUUAUUUGCUGAAUGGAAUUUCCAUGUCUGUAAGCUUAGUUCUUGUGCUAUGUGUGAGAUGGAGCAUUACUAGUGGCGAGAUGCCUGAACUGCAGUUUCUAUAUGAACACCACACAGAUAUCUGCAUAAUCGCCAUCCUCGCUUCUUUUGUUAUCUCCAUCUUAACAUUCGCAUUUAGCUAUGUUCCACUUGUUCAUCCAAACGGUCAUGGCACUAGGGAACGUAUUUUAUCACUAGGAGGUAAUACCAAGAGUAUGUUCUACAAUUGGUUCAUUGGCAGGGAACUAAAUCCCAGAUUAGGUCCACUGGACAUAAAAUUGUUCUGCGAGCUUAGACCGGGCAUGAUGUUGUGGUUGUUGAUAAAUUUAUCAUGUUUGCAUCACUAUUAUCUGAGAACAGGUGAAAUAAACGACGCACUAUUAUUAGUGAAUAUUUUGCAAGGCUUUUAUAUCUUUGAUGGAGUAUUAAAUGAGGAGGGAGUGUUGACUAUGAUGGAUAUAGUCACUGAUGGAUUUGGAUUCAUGUUAGCAUUUGGCGAUCUGGCUCUAGUUCCCUUCACAUACAGUCUUCAAGCGCGGUAUCUGUCUGUAUCUCCAAUAACUUUAGGCCCCUACAGAUGUGCGGCAAUUGUUGCAGUCAUGGCUCUAGGAUACUGGAUUUUCCAUUCUUCAAACAAGGAAAAAUCCUAUUUCAGGAUGGGAAGAUUGCCUCAUCUCAAGAGCAUUCAAACUGACAGAGGUACAAAGCUACUAUGCGAUUCCUGGUGGGCAAUGUCACAACACAUCAACUAUUUUGGCGACUGGCUCAUCUCGCUAAGUUUUUGCUUGUGCACUGGGUUCCAAACGCCUCUGUCUUAUUACUACGUCAUGUACUUUGCCAUCUUGCUACUUCACAGACAAAUGAGAGACGAACAUAAGUGCGCCCAAAAAUAUGGAAAGUAUUGGGACGAAUACAAGUCUAAGGUUCCGUACAAGAUCAUACCGUAUGUAUACUGA